ACGAACGCUUCAUCUCAGGAGCUCGGUGAGGAACUACAUUUUAUUCCAGAAUCAUCAGUAUAUGCAGAGGAAAAAAUGUCAAGGAAAAACAAAGGGUUGAUUUUUAAAUACUUUCUUAAUCUCAUUAAUGGAGCUUUCUUGGUUCUGGGACUUUUACUCAUGGGAUUUGGUACCUGGCUUUUAUUAGAUGGAAAUAAUUUUUUCACAGCUUUGGAUGAAAAUAAUCACUUGACAGUGUAUAUUUUUCGAAUUUUGAUUGGAACUGGAUCUGCUAUUCUUCUUCUUUGUCUCUUGGGUUAUUUGGGAAUUCACAAUGAGAUCAGGUGGCUCCUAAUUCUGGUUCACCAAGCAUGGCAUGAUAAAAUUGAUUCCAUCAUUUCUGAGUAUGGAUCUGAGGAUUUCCCUCAAGAUGUACCCAAGUGGGUGAUUCUGAAUGCUCUGCAGAAAAUGUUUCAGUGUUGUGACCUAAAAAAUUACUCAGACUGGACCAAGAACAAGAAUAAAGAAAAUUCAGAACAGGUGCCAUGUUCUUGCACAAAUUCUACAUUAAGAAAGUGGUUUUGUGAUGAGCCACUGAAUGCAACGUACCUACAGGGUUGUGAAAAUAAAAUCAACACAUGGUAUCAUGCUAAUGCUUUGACAUUAAUUGGAAUUAACUUUGGACUUUUGGCUUCAGAGGUUUUGCAAUUCUCAUUAACUGUUUGUUUCUUCAGACACAUCAAGAAUAGAAUAUAUGCAGAAAAGUGAUCACUGGAUUUUAAUUUGUCUGGAAGAAACCAAUUAACUCUUAAAAUAAUCAUAUUGAAUUCUUCUAGUCCAAAAUAAAAGUUUUGAAUUACAUUUAUUGUUUAAGAUUUAAUCAAGUCAGUGGUUAUAUGUGACACAGAAUUAUUGAAUAUAAUAUCAUUCCAUGAAAUUUUUAUUAAUAUCAAAUUCUACAGUUCAGUACAUUGUCAUUUUCUGAAUUUGGAGGAUAUCAUUGAAUAUACUAAUUUCAAUAUAUGGUAAAUUAUCAUGUAUGUUUUGAGUGUCAUAUGUAGAAAAAGAUACCUGUAUGAUGCUCAGAAAAUACUGUGUAAGCAAUUAUAACAUAUACCUUACAUUUACAAAUUUUAGGUAAAUAACACUGAUUUAUAGAUUUCAAAGAAAGAAUGAAAAUCUCGACGACACUGACCUCUACACUGAAUUAAUCUUUUAUUUCUCUCUUCUUACAAUGCUUAGAAAGUGGAUAAUAAAUUUACAGUUUUACAAGUUUGGAUAUACUUAAGUGGCAAUAAGAAAAUAUUUUAAAAAACAUGAAUUUUUAAAUAUAGUAAAAAUAAUCUAGUCUAAGUACUCACUGAAGUCUCAUACUCAUUACCUUCUCAUUUUUCCCUUUUUUGUAAGUUAUGCUCAGUGAAUGCAUAUACAAUUUUUUGAAGGAUAUAAAAAUAACCUACCUGUUCUAUUUUCCUAACAAUGAUACUGUGAGAACAGAAAAAAAAACUUCUUUGAA